GUUAGCUAAAUUGAUAUGCUUCUUGGUGAAAGGAAAUUAAAAUGCCGUGGAGUGUUGCUGUUGUGUUGAAGGUUGAAGUACUAUUAUUAUUCUCAGUAUUCAUUUUCUUACCAAAAUGCAGUUUGGCAAGCGAUGUUGACAUAAAAGGACAACUCGCCCACAAAGAGACUGCGUGCUUAGAAGAGACUAUUAUAAACACGGAGUCAUGUACAAACCUAAACGAAGACAAAAUACACAUUGGGCAGACAGAUGGAAAAUACCUACCAGAGGGAUCAGUUUGUGAGCUUAAUGAUAACAAAGAUGGAAACACGACAGCAAAAGUAGUUGAAUGCAUACAUGGAAAAUGGAUGUCAAUUACAGAUUCUGAUUCUAAUAGUCAUCACAGAUCGAAACGAGGAAUAGAGCUACUAAUUAUUGGAUUAAUUGUUGGCUUUACAGUAUGUUUUAUUUUCUGUCGGCGUAAAAGCCCACCACCUAACCGAAAUCCAACAAUAAGCUGUCCAACAAUAGCUUCACCAUUGUAUACGCCGAGGAGCGAGUUGUCAAUUUUGGUUUCAUGGAAAGCACCUGAAGCCAGAGAUCCAGACGGCGAUAAAGUAAGUGUUGUUCAGACACAAGGCCAGUUGCCUGGAACUUACCACGGAGAAGGUAUUUAUACGGUUUCGUACAUGGCUAAAGAUAAUAGAGGAGGUAUGGAUACCUGCAGCACAACAUUUCGUGUUAUAGUCAGGAGAUGUUCGAUAGAGUACUCAUACAUAUGGUACGGGAAGGUCUUAUGUCAGCCUCCACAGUAUAUUAAUAUAUUCGGAUCUGAGUGUAGAUAUACAUGUGAUGAUGGACACGAAAUUAGCGGAUCUUCUAAUGCUCAGUGUAAUGAAAACCAACAAUGGUCUGUUGUACCGAAACCCAGCUGCCAAGCUAUAGCAUGUGCUGCACCACCAAUAGUAGAAAACGGUAAAUUUACCGGUUGUCUUGGAGGCUACCCAUAUAUGUCUAAAUGUAUCCUCACCUGCGAAACCGGUUAUGUCGUGGAUAGAACUGACACCAUUAGAUGUCUUGCAAAUAGGUCAUGGACAGUACCCGGCAUAUGCAGAGAUAUUGAGCCUCCAGUACUGAAUUGUGGUGCGCAAAAGAUUGAAGUAUAUGCUGGGCCAAAACUUUCAAAAGUUCAAGUACAAUGGCCUCCAGUAACAGCGGUAGACAACUCUAACUUUAGUUAUCCAGUUGAAAGUGACAUACAAUCAGGGGCAUUCUUUGACAUUGGCGUCACCCCGGUCACGUUUACAGCUGAAGACAAGCAAAAAAACAUUGGGCGGUGUACAAAAACUAUUUCUGUCAUAGUCAAAAGAUGUCCGCCCUACGAACCCGAUGAACAUGCUUAUGUUAGCUGUUCCCAUAGCAACGCCUACGGUUCCGUGUGUACUUCUGUGUGUAACGAUGGUUAUCUGUUGGUCGGAGCUGAUUCACAGACGUGUCAAGAAAACAAAACGUGGAAUGGAUCGAAACCAACGUGCACAUCACGAGAAUGCGGAUCACCCUCUUAUGUUGCAUACGGAAAUUACACGUGUCUUUCGGGAACGAAGUACAAAGACGUCUGUACCCUAAACUGUGACCCAGGCUUCCAGCGCGUAACACCAACUACAAUUCUGUGUACCAUUCUGGUAGAAUGGACACAAGGAGGAUACUGUAAAGAUACUCAGCCACCAACAUUUCCCAAUGGAUGUCCUCGUGACCUUGAAGUUAUUGCCUCUGAAGUUGGACAGCCCACAUACGUUAAUUUUACACUGCCAGUAGCUGUUGACAAUUCAGGCGAUGGUGUCAUAGUAAAUUCAGAGCCGGUAUCCCGAGCUAUCUUCGCACUGGGGUCCACUAAAGUAACGGUCACUGCGACCGACACACAGGGUCUUCAAUCAAAAUGUUCAUUCUUUGUUGUAGUCAAGACUAUAUCAUGUGACGCCCCCAACAUCGAUACGUCAGGAAAAAAUCUGAUUGGGUAUAACUGCUCUGAUCAAUAUGUGUUUGGGUCUUCCUGCGACUUAUCUUGCAUGAAUGGGAACCCGAUAACUGGCCCCACCCAGAUCAGAUGCGGGAAAGUAGAUGGCAACAAUAGUGUACAAUGGAAAAUGGAAGGAAACUCCCGUCCAAUUUGCGAGCUAAAGGCCUGCAGUAAAUUAAGAGUCCCAAAAAAUGGUUCUCUUUCGUGUGAUUUACUUGGUGGUGGCAGUGAAAUUUGCAUUUUGAUGUGCAAUGAAAACUAUUCCUACCCUUAUCAAGAUCCUUUUCAAUUUUCCUGUGCGAAGAGCAAUGGUACCUGGUCACCUACAGAAACAACACGGGAUUGUGUCGAUAGACGAAAAGUAGUUUCUGUAACAACCGAUCUUCGGUUUUACUACUACACUGGAACGUGUUCUACUGAUAGCGCUGACAUCAAGGACAAGUUUGUUAAAGCUGUUUCUCGCAGUGUAUUCAGUGCUAUGUGUUCACAAGACACUCCUUGUACUGUGGACACAGUAUCAGUGUCCUGUGGCAUUAUUGCCCGUAGACGGAAGAGAGACACAAGCAGUUCCUCUACAGAAUAUACGGUAAAAUAA